AUGCCUCCCCGAGUUGCCACCACCAAGCCAGGACCUCCUCCCUACGACCAACUCGUGCUCAUUGGUGAAAAGUGCUUGUCAUUCGUACACAAAAAUGCCAAAAAGGGCAACCCUCAGUCAGUUGUGGCAGCGAUCGAUACCUUCGGCUACGAACAUCACUGGAUGAUGAAUGUCGGCGAUGUCAAGGGAGAGAUUCUGGAUGAGGAAUUAGAGAAAGUCAAGCCAAAGAUUUUGGUGGAGCUUGGUGGACACCUCGGUUACAGUGCUCUGCGCUUUGCCAGCAAAAUGCGUGAGCUUUCUGGUCCAUCUGCCCAUAUGAUCGAAUUCGCUGGGCUUUCGGACAUGGUGACGAUCAUAGUUGGGACGUACGGAGACAACUACAACAAGCUCAAGGAGCAAGAUGUCGACCAAGUCGAUGUACGCGUUCUUCAUCGACCACGACAAGAAACUCUACAAGAGCGACUUGGCGAUCAUCGAGCGGAGCGGGAUCCAUCGUGA